CGCCGAGCAACGGGACGGCGUGAGCCGACGCGCCGAAAGUGAGCGAGGUUUUAAUUGCGAGUUAACUUUCAGAUUCCUUCAGAAUGUCGCACUGGGAGUAUUUGGACCCUGCAGACCUGAGCCUGUGGAUGUUUAAUGAAGACCCUCCAGGUAUCAACCUGCUUUCCACAGCCAUCGAGUGCUGGAACAUCAUUCCUGUCAGCAUAAAAACGAAGGCUUGCCAGUCGAUGAAAAUGGUCUCCUAUUGGUAUCCAAUUCUGCUACAGCGGCAAGCACUCAACAGUACUACUUGCUGGGCAAUAGGAAUGGGCUUCAUAGGUUCAGAUGACAGUGAUGACCUGAGUCUGAGGCAGGUGUACAAGAUUGAAGUAUUGGAAGUGGUUCUCAGAGCACUGGAAGAAGCAUGUAUUGACCAGGACAAAACGAGGCAUGUGGUCUGGUUCAGUGAUAAGUUUAAUUUGGGCACUCCAGAGGUUUUUGAUGAUGCUGUGCGGUGGCUUGAAAACUCCGGAGGGUCCCGCAUCGGCCAGCGGAUUCGGGAGCUUGGCAACAGAAAAAUCUGCUACAAAAUGCUACAACAUGUCUUCAUUGUGUAUGCUCAGUUUAUUCAGGCAAUGGGUGUCAACAGAGAGCAAACCAUGACUGUGCUGGAGGCCAGACCGUUUCAACAGGCUAUUGAGAAAAGUGAAAAGAUGAAGUGUAAAGGCAAUGAGAAAUUUAAGAAGGAGAAAUAUGAUGCUGCCAUUCAGUGUUACUCCCAAGCAAUCAGAUAUCACCCUGAAAACCACAUUAUUUAUGGGAACAGAGCGCUGUGUUAUAUCCGACUUGAGCAACAUCUAAAAGCUGUUGCUGAUGGAAAACGUGCUUCUUUGAUAAAGCCACUAUGGGCAAAGGGUCAUUAUCGGUACUGUGAGGCAUUGUUCUACCUGGGAGAGGGCGAAAGAGCUCUUGAAGCCAAUAAUUUUGCCCAGACUCUGUGCAAGGAAGACUCAGAUGGUACAAAGGAUCUUGAGCAGCAAUAUAAGAAGUUCAUUUUGGAAAUGGAAAACAUCAAAGCUGGAUCAUGUAAAGGGAGCAGUAUUCAAAGAUUACGUAGUCCUAAGAGAACAGAUGCUACUGGAUCAUGUCUACGAGAUGUAAGACCAGUGAUGGUUGAUUUGGCAGCCGGCAGCGUAGCUUCACCAAACAAGGAUCCUGAGGUAAAGAUGACCAGCCAGACUGAACUAGGAAAAGCUGAAGCACACACUCAAGGCAAAACCAAAGACUAUAAACAGACAAAAAGUGAGACUGCUUGUAAGAGGAGCAGCAAAGAACCCAACGUCCCUAAGAAAAAAAAAUCCAAUGGCAGAAAUGUCCUCUCCAAGGAACAGACGAUGCCUGAGAGCUCCAUAGCAGAUGUUCGCGAAGCCUUGAGGUCCGCAGUGCAGGAUGGCUGCAGGUGUCUGUGUGCCAUUCGCGGCCAUAAUGCAGAAGAGGCUUUCAGCAAGGCCCUCUCUUUGCUUGGAACCCACACCAUCCAGGAUCUUGGACUUUCUACACAUGAUGAAGUGUUGCUGAUAUAUGGCCGUGCAUCAGCCUUGGUAGAGAUUGGCCAGCCUGAGGAACUUGCAGAAGCACACAGAGAAUUCCAGAAGAUGAAGUCCUUUGAGGAGAGGACAUUUCAGUGUUUUGUGUACUAUGGUAUUGGCAGAGUGUAUCUCAAGGAGAACAGGUAUCCACUUGCACUGGAGAGGUUUUUAGACUCACUGCGUUUGGUUAGAAAUCAAAUAAUGCCUGGUGUACUCAAAUGGCCUAUGACAAAAGAGAUUGUCAAAGAAUCACAGCCAUACUACUUAAAGGAGCUCCUGGUCAAUGCAAUAGAGUUAUGCAAAUUUCCCCCUAAACCAGAUGCUGUUUGUAGACAUGAGAAUUGCCUUGGUCAUACGAAAACUAAAAUUUAUUUCACUGACCCAGAUUUUAAGGGCUUCAUUCAAGUAAAUUGCUCUCAAAGUUGUGUUGUAGAGUACCACAUCAGCUGUUGGAAAACCCUCAAGACAAAAUUUUUCGACAAAAAUGAAAAGGAUUUUCUCAAAGAAACAUGCUUUACUCCAAACUGCAGAGGUAAAAUAUGUAGUAUCAAAAUCUAUGGUUCAACAGGCCUAAUCAAAUGUAAGUUUGAAGCUGACAUUGCUAAGCAGGAGCAUCAAGUGAAGUUGAAAGUAAACCAGAAAUGCACAAGUCUUAAGAAGUUAAAAUCUAAGGAAGACCGUAAAUAUAAAAGAAAGCAGUAUAAGCAAGCAUCUCAACAUAACUGGGAAAUGAAUCACUCUCUGUUGGAGAAAGAAGAAAACGUGGUUCAGUUUCCAGAGAAAGCUUGUUCCUGGAUGCUGUAUCGGGACCCUGUCCUGCAUCAAAUUAAGGAGAGCAGGAAGCUUUUUGGAGAAGAACAGAGCCCUAAUAUGUCAGCCCUAAUGAAGAGUCUUAUGCCCUGGAUGGAACUGGACUUGUCAAAGGGCAGUAACGUAGCAGGGAGGAUCAUCGGCGGGGAUCAACAGAAGCCCGGAACGCUAGGCCAAGUGGCAGAUCUGAUGCUGGAGAGGAAGAACCGGGUGUGGGCUCGCCUCCUCAUCCAGUUCCUCAGCACUUCACCUGAUACCUGUCCCAACUUAAUUGAGUGGGCCCAGCAGCUUGAUAAUGCAGGUCUAAAUGCUGCCAGAGAGUUCAUUGAGCGCUAUUCAGGACACAUGGAGAAGUUGGACCUGGCUCCUCUGCUCACCUUUACCCCAGUACAGGAUAUGCUUAUAGAAAAAUUUGGUACCAGACCAGAGUUUUUGAAUCAAAAUGACUUAACUGUCACUGAAUUCCUUAAACAGUCUCCAGUACAAGAUAUGAGACUUUUUAUCUGGGCUUUGGAAGAGCACAGGGAGCUUUACGCUGGCUGUCAUACAAUACUAGAUCAGUAUUUUGAAGUGAUGGAUGGCCAUUGCCAGAUGGUCAUGAAGAAGUCUGAAGAUAAAAAUCAAGAUAAUUCUUCUAUGAAGACAAAGAACAGAGGCCGCAAAAAGAAACACAAAGAGCCAAAGGGCGUUACGAUCUUUUCAGGAGCGAGAGGCGGUACACCCAGAGAUGAGCGGGACUUUUUUGAAGAGGAUGGCUAUUUAGCAUUCCUUGACCCGAGUGAGCCAUUCAGUAUACCUGAUCACAUUCAAGAGCAAGUGGCCGACUUUGAGGACCAGUUCAACUGCACUGGACACAGAGAGGACUUUAAACACAUUUUAGACAACAGCCCUGAUCCAACUAAAGAAAGAUUGUAUGACUACUUUGCCCAGAUCUUGGAAGAACAUGGGCCCCUGAAUGUCGAGGACCCCCUGCUGGUUGGAGAGCUUGACAAUUUUCCACCUUCUGCUCAACUGAAGAUCGAACAGGCUGGUGGCUUUAAGCCCUUCCUCCUGGAGUCCCUCCGCUUCAUUAUGAUGGGGAACUGUAUAGGUCUCGCUAAGCAUGCCAUUUUUCUACAGGAAACUGGCCAUGGAAACAGCAAGUGUGCUCUGGAAGACCCAACUAUCCCAACAGACAAAAGCUACCUGCAGAAACCUCAUUCUGCACAACCUGAGUCGUAUCCCUACCUCCCCAGUCCUUAUGUAUUUGGGUCUACAUUGUCACAGCUUGCCUUGCCAACAAGUAGAAUAGCAGGCACAGUGGAGCCUUUAAGAAGUUCCCAACAGUUUACAGAGAGCCAGGAACCUUCAAAUCCACAGUUUCCUUCUACCUUUACAUCUAGUGAGAUGGCCAACUUGGAGCUGUAUACCAGUGAAGUGGAUGAAGGUGGUGUUGGGGAAAAGCCAAGCAUUUUGACAAAGUCUGGACUCAGCUUGUUGAACAAACCUGAAGCCCCACAGGCAUGUCAUGAGGCCAAGAGGAGUGUAGCAAUCAAUACAGAAGUUUAUGCGCUUUUUGAGGACAGCAAUGGGGACAUCAACAAAAAACACAAGACCGUCAAGGAGUUUGAGAUACAGAUCUACAAAAUAGUGACUGAUUGUGAUGGGAUGAAUCAGAGUCACAAAGAUGUUAUAACUGCUCUUGAAGAAGACUGUAAGAAGAUUGAUGGCAAUAUACAAGUGACCAAUAAAGAGCUGGUGCUGUUCCAACAUAAGCUUGAAGAAGUGGUGAAAAUGGACCAGCAAGAGAAAAAAGGCAAUCAGGAGGCACUGAAAACCCUGAAGAUAGAGACUGAAGACCUGAUAGCCCAACAGGAAGUCCUCAUACAAAAUAAUAAAGAAGUACAGAAGAGCUAUGACUCAGAAUUUAACAGUUUGUUAGAACUGAGUAACCAGUCAGCUGCCGAGAAGAUGAUCUUGGAAGACCACAUCCAGAGAGCCAAAGACCUGUGUGCCAAGGCUGCCAAGAGGUCCCAGGCAGCACAGCUGUCAUUCCUGGAGAACUGCCGUGAGAAAGCCUCACACUGCCUCUACAGGUCUCUGUCAUGUGCCAGGGCCGUCCUUGCCAAACUGGAGGAAGUAGCACCAAGCAGAUACCAUUCACACAUCUUCACCACUACUCAGAACAGCUGGAGAGCCUGUGCCAAAGAAGCCAAGGAAAAAAUUACCACUUUGGAGGCUCAGUAUGAAGAAUGGAUGGAGCAGGUGAGGAAUGGAAGCAGGCUGUCUGAGCUGCCCCCAGUCAGCAUUUCCACUACAUCUCAAGUACCACUUCCACUGAUGUUUCUGUCAACUGCACAGUCGUCUCCCGAGGAGCUAUCAGAUCCUAUUUUACCCGAGACCUCCAAUGUUCCAGUCUCAGCAGUUGAAAGCCCCAUGCUUUGCCCACAACCUUCCAGCCUUCCAGCCUCCAACCUCCCUCAGCAGCAGCUUGAACUUGAGACUCAAGAUAGCCAGCCCAACCAUGAAACCAGCCCAAAGGAGCUACACAUCAGCAAGCACGACAAAGCUCUGGAGUGCCUCAGCACAAUCUUCCCUGACUAUACCAAGCCAGACUUAUCUGCAUUUGUGUGGGAGCUGUCUGCAGCCAAUGAUGAAGCCCUCACGCAUAUGGACAUCCAGGAUGUUGUUAGCAGAGUGACUCAGUUAAUCUUGGACCAGCAGGAGAAGACAAACUCGACCAAAAAUGUUGGACUGAACGUUCAGCAUGUUGGGAACCCUUCUCCUUCCCCUGCCUGGCAGACAGUUAAAUCACAGAGACAAUCCCAGACCAAAGCUCUGAACUUGGAGGAUCCCUGUAUCAUCUGUCAUGAUGAUAUGUCCCCAGAAGAUGUGUGUGUCCUGGAAUGCAGGCACAGCUUUCACAAAGAGUGUAUCAAGUCCUGGCUUAAAGAACACAGCUCGUGUCCGACCUGUAGAGAACAUGCUCUGCUGCCGGAGGACUUCCCCGUGCUGCUCGGGAGAACACGCCGAGGACACACGCCUUCAGCCGCGCCCUAAAGAGAAUCAUCGCCUCAUUCUGUACCGUGUGGUUUUAUUUUGUUAACAGUACACAUCAAGGUAUUCUCCUCAGUACACGUAGGAACAGAAUUAUCCCUCAGUGUUGUAGAAGAGGCAGCAUUUCAUAUCCUGACUUACGGAAAACCAUCCUUUCUAAAUUUGUAGGUGAUUUUUAUUUUAUUUUACUUUAACUGUUUUCAUGAAGGAGGCAGUUUUAUGUUUCUGUAUUGUCGGACAGUGUUGUUUUUGUUUUUUGUAUUACCAAAUAUCCCUAAAAUGUUUUUGGUUUUUCACAGUUAGAAAGCCAGCAAGCCCAACCCUGCUAUGUGUUCUUCAUUGUGCUAAUCCACCUCUCGAACCUGCAGCUCAUCCAGCCUCCUUGAAGCGGUUGUUGGUACCUUUUAUCCAAAGUAAUUUUUAUGCAUUGUUUGGAGUUCAUGUCACAUUUAUGACAGGAGAAAAAUAAAUGCAG